CGUUUUCGCAGGAAGCACAAAUCUGGUUGUCCAGGGUGGAUCAGUCCCCGUCCGACACCAUGACCGAGGCACUCAAGCCCACCAUGGAUGCUUUGGUUGGCAGUCAGCUACUAAACAACUCUUCCCAGGGCGUUAAGGUCGCUGUUGCCUGUUGCUUAACUAAGGUUACCAGGAUCACCGCGCCAGAGCCCCCCUAUGGGGAUGAUGUGAUGAGGGAUGUGUUUACAGUAGUUGUGCAGUCUUUUGCUAAGUUGGAUGAUACGGAAGGCCCCUUGUUUGCAAAGAGGGUUUCGAUACUCGAAACCGUCGCAAAGGUGCAGUCCUGUGUCCUCAUGUUGGAUCUUGAUUACGAUGACCUGAUACUGCAAACGUUUGACCAUUUCUUGAGCACCGUAAGCUCAUCACAUCAAGAAAACGUCAUCACCUCUAUGGAGAAAAUAAUGAUGGUUGUAAUUAAAGAGAGUGAGCCUGUCCAUCCAGCUCUGGCAUCCUGCCUCCUUCGGUAUCUUAAAAAGGAAAAGAAAGAUUCUCUUCCAGCAUCUUUUAUGCUUGCAGAGAGGAUAGUAGGUCUAUGUCCUGAGAAGUUAAAGCCGGCAUUUGUUAAGUCACUUCAGGGUACUCCUUUAAAUGUUUACAGCAAAACUGUUGCAUCGUUGGUAGAAGGUUCUUCAGAUACUGGAAGAGAUGACGAAGUUGAUGCUGUUGGAGAAGACACGUCGACGGAGAAGAAGCUGGCGAACCCCAUGCGGGACAUCAAGAGGCAGAAGCUCGUCCACAACAGCGCCUCCGAGGCAGUGGACAAAACCGCCGCGGGCGUCCCGGAGUUAAACUCAGAAACUUGGUCUGCAGUAUUUCUGCGUCUUGAUGCCUCAGAUGUGUACAAAUGUCAGUUUUUAUCACCUGUGUGGCGACGUAUCAUCCGGACGCCAGAUUUUGUUGCUAGCUACAGGGACAUGGCCCUCCAAUCGCCCAAUCAAAUGUUUCUUUUUCGGAGCUAUGCGGAUCCAUCUUUAGAUGUCAAUGGCUCUUUGGCCUGCUUCACUGACAUUUAUGGUCUUAAUGAGACUCCCCAUGGUCAUUGCAUCCUUCGUUCUAGUGAGAUAUUUCUUGCCGAUGGAGCUGACACUUAUCAUGAAGAUGAUGAUGACCGUACUGAAAUGGAACUGAGUCGUGCUAAUCAGGCUUAUUAUAUUCAUGACUCCUGUGAAGGAAUGCUGCUGAUAUCGAUGGGCACCAGAUUGGUGGUCUAUAAUCCGUUUAUCCGUCGGUGGGGGCGUCUCCCGGAGCUUGGGGAUAUCAAGUUGGCUGAUGGUAAAACAAUCUGUGCCUUCUUUGCCACUGGAGAAGCCAACAACAGGGAGUUUAAGAUUCUUUAUAGAUCUACAGCUGCCUUCAACAUCUAUUCGCUGAACAACAAGACACACAAAGUAGUCCCCCACAUUGAUGAAAUUGGUUCAGGCACUACACCGUUAUCAACUUGUUUGGCAGAUCGUCUCAGCUAUGGUUUUUCUAUGGCAGCUGUCAAGUUUGAGCACUGGUUGUGCUGGUAUGACGGGGGUCAUCAUACUCACAGUGUAUUGUUCUUUGAUACCAAGACAGAAGUUUCAGCUUAUUGAUAUUCCAGAGGUUGAUGAAGAACUAACAGUGUUUCAGCUUCUAACUAUGAAAGGGAAGCUUGCUGCUGUGUACAGUUGGAAUCCUGACAACAUUGAUCUUCCAAUUGAACAGCGUCUGAUUGGUUGGCCAAGCUCCAGUAUUGAUGUGUGGGUACUUGACGACAUGGCGGCUAGUUUAUGGAGGAAGCAUCUCAGUCUAGAACCACCUGGAACAACUUUUCUAAGGGCCAACGACUAUAUGGGUGACAUCGAAUAUGGUGUCCUUUUAGUCAAUGAUGCUGAAACUGUAUUGCUGCCCUGCAUUCAUGAUCUAUUAGUUUGUGGGCUUGACUGGUCUAUUAGAAAGAAAAUUAGAAAAGACAAUCAUCAUGUGAUUCCACUGUGCAUAUCUAUUGAGCAAGGAUUUGAGACACACUCUUGGCUUGAUCAAACAGAGGUGCCUUUUGUCUUCAGCCAAUCUGAUACUGAUCAAGAUGCAAUUGGAGACUCUUCUGAAGAGAGUUCUGGAGAUGAUGCUGAUGGAGACGGCGAUGGAGAUGAUGUUGAUGGUGAUGACGCUGGAGAUGAUGAGAGUCACGAUGACAGUGAUGAGGCUGAUGGUGAUGAGAGUCACGAUGACAGUGAUGACGCUGGAGAUGAUGAGAGUCACGAUGACAGUGAUGAGGCUGAUGGUGAUGAGAGUCACGAUGACAGUGAUGAGGCUGAUGAGUCUGAUUCACCUCCCUCUAAGAGGAGGAAAUGAUGUACUGUGAGGGAAACUAUCCUUGUUACAAUGGUGUCAACUUGUUAGAGGAAACAAUCCUUGUUAGAGUGCUGUUGACUUGUUAUCCAGCAGUACUAUCCUGGUAAUGAUUGAUUAUCUGCUAUCUAGAUCAUUACCAGGAUAGCCUUGUGUGGGACAAGCCUUGUUAGAAUGAUGUCAACUUGUAGAAAACAAUCCUUUUUAGAAUGUUGUAGACUUGUUAUCCAGUACUAUCCUGGUAAUGAUUAUCUGCUAUCUA